AAGUGAGGACACAAAACAAUACAACCCCAAAACAGAGAAAACGAAACCAAAAAGAAAAACCCAAAUUAAAGGGUUCUCUUGCUUCUCCUCCCUCCCUCUCUCCCUCUCUCUCUCACACACACAUGCACACACACUAGAUAUUAUUAUUGCUUCUUGUUAAUUUUUCCAUUACCAUUAUCAUUAUUAUUUGAGUACGUAGUAGAGAUUAGAGAUGUGGGGGGAGCAUGAGGGGAUGUGUGGGGUGGUGGAGGGGAUGAAACCUGCGAGUGGGAUGGUUGUGGUGCAGGUGGUGUUUGCGGGGGUGAAUGUGUUCUACAAGCUGGCCAUAAACGAUGGCAUGGAUCUGAGGGUGCUUGUUGCCUUCAGAUAUCUCUUUGCUACUGCCUUUUUGGCCCCUCUUGCCUUCUUCUUCGAAAGGAAGAGCCGACCAAAGUUGACAUGGAGGGUUUUGGUGCUAUCUUUUCUAUGCGGCCUAUUUGGGGGUACAUUGGCGCAAAAUUUGUACAUCACAAGCUUAAAACUCACAUCAGCAACCUUUGCCUCAGCUAUGACCAAUCUUAUCCCAGCAAUUACUUUUACCUUGGCUGUUUUAUUCAGAUUGGAGAGUUUGGCUUUGCGGACAUUGUCGGGGCAAGCGAAGGUUUUGGGGACACUUGUUGGGGUUGGUGGUGCAAUGCUACUAACAUUCUACAAAGGAGUAGCUAUCAACUUGUGGUCUACACAUCUCAACCUUGUAAAAUCUCACCAUGGAGGAGCUUCUAACCAAGAAGCCGGGAAUCGCGGCAUGGGCUCAUUGUUGGCUGUUGCCAGUUGCUUCAGCUAUGCAUUAUGGCUCAUUAUUCAGGCGAAGAUGAGCAAAGAGUAUCCAUGCCACUACUCGAGCACGGCGCUGAUGUGCAUAAUGGCUACGAUCCAAGCCGUGGUGUUCGCGAUCGUGGUCGAAAGAGAUUGGGCUCAGUGGAGAAUGGGAUUUGAUAUUAGACUCCUCUCUGCAGCUUACUCAGGCAUUGUGGCAUCAGGGUUAAUACUAACAGUGUUGGCUUGGUGCAUAAAGAGGAAGGGGCCCUUGUAUGCUUCUAUUUUCAACCCUCUCAUGCUUGUGAUUGUGGCUCUCCUGAGCUCCCUCCUGCUGAAUGAGAAGCUGCAUUUAGGAAGUGUUCUUGGAGCUGUACUCAUAGUGGUGGGACUGUACAUGGUGCUGUGGGGGAAAGGGAGAGAAGCAGCAAAAGUGGGGGAGCUGCCGCAAGAGGAAGCAACUGUGCAGGUCGUAAUCGAUUCCCCAAACAUUAAUGCUGUUGCCCAACACCAACAAGAUGAGAAAGUUUAAGCCCCUGAUCGAUCACACAUAUAUAUCACGAGUGCGCCACCACCGCAACAAAAGCACACGUACAAAGCAAGCUCUCUAGUAUUUACUAGUUACUACUACUACUACUACUACUACACCUCAAAAGUUAAAAAGUUUUAUUAGGGUAAAAGAAA